GUGUCAUCUCGGGCGUGGAUUGGAUAGUGCGUUGGUCGGUGGUGUUGUUAUUCAAAAAUGUAGUCAUGUUGUAAAAUGUGCGGAAAUUAUUCAAAUUAUGCCAAUUUCUCUUAUCAAAGACUCCCAUAUUAUAACGUUAAGUUUAAAGUGCUUGUGUGCUGCUGAAGUGACAUAAUUAUUUGUUUACUUUAAUCAGGAUUUUUAGUUUAAGUUAACAAUAUGCCCAAGCUUCAAGUACCAACAACAUUUCUGGUGCGCAUAGUGCUGCCACUUGGACUGUUAACCAGUAUAGCACUACGCCCGUUCGGUUUAUCAUUUAUAUACCUCCUCCUAUACUUAAUAGCACCUCUAACACAAGUGCCAUCCACGCAAACGAUACUAGGAUGGCCGGGCAAGUUUCUUUGCUUAACCUUCGUGGUUUCAAUGCUACUAUUAUUAUUGCACGUAGCAUGGCACAUAGUACUGGCCGCGUUCCCGCCUUACGGGUCGGUGGCCCACCAAAACCACCUCGUGGAAAUCAUAGGGAGGAAUUUGGGCCUGGUGCCCUACGAUUUUAUAGAUCCAACUAUGGCUAUACAUUAUUUGGCACCGGAGCUACUGAUGACAAUAAUUUCAACGUUGGUGUACGUGCUGGUAAAAAAAUUACUGUCGGGGCCAAACCAUUCCGAAGAAAAACCACAUUCGAAACAUCAGAAGUUUCCGCUCCUCGUCAGUGCAGGCAAAUACCUAUGCCUCUUCCUAAUAAUGUUCUCCGGCAUCAUGCUCCCAAGUGUGACGUCCGGCAUCUACUUCCUUAUAUUCAUGGGAGCUGCGACAGCGUGGUCGCUGGGCCAGCCGCUGGAGCGCGGCUUCGCGGUGGUCGGUCGCUGUAUCAUGGCCAUCAUGGCUGUUCAUAUAGCGGUGCUGCUUGCUUAUCAGUGCACGUGGCUGCUGGAUAUAUACCCGCCUGAGAUGAAUUUAGCGAGGUAUUUCGGUCUAACACAAUUGGUAAACAUUACCGAAACCAACCCUGCGCAUUUUACCUACGAAACGACAAGCAAGCUAUCCUGGGCUACUAUGGCUAGCCCAUUAGUUAUACUCUUCACUUACUACGUGUUAGCGUUAGAGACGAGGGAACUCUUCAAACCAAAGGUUGCAUAUUCCUACAUAGAUUCAGAUUCACUUCGUGGCAGUCCCAGUGAAAACACUCCUCUGAUUCGCAACAUGAGUCCCAGCAAGCGGUGGCCGGCCGGCCGGACGCGCUCCUCCAUAAGGAAACUGCAGCAGGACCCGUCCGGCUCCGUCAUCAUUCCAGACGAAGAAUCAAAUACGGAAUACAACGAGCCGACACUGAUGGAUGAUAUAUUAUCCGCCAUAGUAGACUUCUUCCAGGUUGUGAUCAGAUCAUCAUACAUAGCGACCACGAUCACAAUGAUGGCCUGGAGCAUAAUGUACCACUCGUGGCUCACGUUCGUGUUCCUGAUGUGGGCCAACAUCGUGUGGCUGUGCCAGGACCAGCGCUCCUUCAUGCUGAAGACCAGUCCUGUGCUGGUGCUGUAUGCAAUGCUACUGUUGCUCGCGCAAUACAUCUAUGGGAUGGACUUGACGGAAGCUGAACUGCCGUCGUCGAUUUAUAAUGAAACAGGCGUCAACCUACAGCAGAUCGGCCUAAGUCCCCCACCCGGGAUGCCCUUCGUACCUCUCCUCAUCAAGUCCCUCUUCACGUGCAUGUUCUGGGUGACGCUGCGUCAGCGCAUCCAGGAAAUCAGACAGCGGCGCCAGUCCGCCGUCAUCACGGACAUGGCCGCCCCGUUGCAGCUGACAGUGUCUACUGCCGCCAGUGUGAUAGAAGCUCAGCGCGACGAAGAGCAACGUUCGCGCCUGCUAAGCAAAGUGGGGGAUUUCCUCAGGGCUGCUUGCGCCCGCUACUGGAUAUACGUGGUCGUCAUAAUGCUCUUCGUUAUCGGCAUCACGGGCACCAGGAUGACCAUCUUCAGGAUCGUCUACAUGUUCUUAUGCCUUGGAUUUAUACUGAUGUUCCAAAUGAGCUGGUACUGGUGGCGGCGACUAAUGUAUAUCUUCUGGAUAACAGUGAUCAUAUACUCCAUGAUCAAUCUCAUUCUCAUCUACAUAUAUCAAUUCGACGGCUUCCCCAAUACUAUAGAAAAUUAUCUUCACAUCUCAGUACAACUACAAAAUGCUGGGUUGGAGCCGUACCAUCCAGCGGACUUGUUCGUCAAGCUCCUGACGCCCACUUGUUUUUUGAUCAUCACAAUAAUGCAGGUGCACUACUUCCAUAAAGACUUUAUGGCACUUUCGGAUCCGAACACUAGCACAAAUACUAACAGUGUAGUUAGGAAUGGAAAUGAAUCGAGCAGGCCUAGCAACGCUGGUGCCUCCACCAUGAAGGACGAUGUGCCACCAUUACCGCUCGAAGAAGACGCAGAAAAAUCCGUGGCAGGUUCUGUUACCGAAGCGGAGCAGUCGCUAUCUACGUAUAAUACUAGACGUAACUUGCACAGGAAAGCAUCUCGGUCGCGAUCCUACGCUCCUACGAUCACGGAACCCCACUCUGCACCGUUCCGACAAUUUUUCACGCAGAAGUGCGCCGCCUUCAAGGCCUCACUGUACGUGUGGAUCGACUACCUCUUCAUGUAUCUGUACUUGCACCUCACUAAGGUUGUGUUCCUGUCGCUUACGCUUGUGUGCGUUAUGCGGGUCUGUGCGAUGCACGUCCCUAUUAUGCUGAUAGUAGCACCAGCGCUCCUGCUGAACGGUAGGAAACAGCGAAUCAUCAUUCUGUUCAUAUCGACGCUUAUAACCAUUUACUUCAUGGCGAAGAUGGUUUACCAAAUAGAAUACAUCCGGCCAAGUCUCUUUGAUGUCAACUGUACUAGUUAUGACGAAUCAAAGGAAACCACAUAUAACAACGCAGAAUGGCUCGGUUUCACGAAGAACAGAAACUUGGCAGUGCUGCUUAAAGACUACAUAGGUCUUGUAGUCGUAUUCACAUUCCAUUCUCUAGUCACUUACCGACAGCAAACAAAGAGGGAAAGCUGGACAUCAAAUCAACAAGAGAAGGUUCUAUUUCCGGAUGUCACGCGUAAGGAGGCUGAUAUAAAUUUGGUUUACUGCGCAAAGUACAUAAUCAACUACGGCUUUUACAAGUUUGGUGUUGAGGUGACUCUAAUAUGCUUAAUAGGCGUAAUAGGAUCCCGUAUGGACAUAUACGCAGUCCUAUACUCCUUCUGGCUACUCCUCCUGGUGUCCCUAAAGCGACCGAGCCAAGCGCGAGUGUGGACGGCGUUCACAAUAUUCAUCACGAUCCUAGUGCCCAUACAGUAUAUGAUAGCGGUCGGAUUUCUGCCGCAGUUCUGCGUUACUUAUCCCUGGGGAACGGAUAAUCCUAGAGACAAAGACCUUCGUACGUUCCUGUUCCUUCCAUACGCCGACAGUCCGCCGCACGCCACCAAGCUCGUCUUCGACUUUUUCUUGCUUGUGUUCGCGUCAAGACAACUUCGGGUGUUCAGAAUCGAAAGGAGGGGCGAAGAGUACCCGGGAGGGUCGAAUAGCGAGGACAUAGGACAGGACUGGGAGACGCCAAGCUUCGUUAACCCUGUGCCAGAUUUCCUUGGAGUUGUCGGCACAUGGCUGGACGUGCUAAAGCGCAUGGUCUUCUUGGGUAUGCUGUGGGUGACGCUAGCCAUCAUGUUCCUGACGGGCACGAAUCGGGUCAACCUGUUCUCUAUGGGGUACCUGAUUGGCUCGUUUAUCUUCCUGUGGCAGGGAACCGACUUCUAUCUGAGACCUAAGCAGGCUAUUUUACAAUGGUGGUCAUGGCUUCUCCGCUACAACGUGUCCGUAGUCGUGAUCAAGGUGAUCCUCCAGAUCCCAGGUUGCUUGUUCCGUGAGUCCACGCAACUCCACGCCUGCUGGCUGGUGCAACUGCUGGGCAUAGGCUGCGUGGACAAGUUUGCCGGCACCCUGGGAAAUUUCAUCAAGAUGGAGAGUUAUAACAAGGACACAAAAUGCACCGUACCUCAAGAAGACAUCGGUUUGGCGUGGGACGGCGUCUGUUUUGCUUUCCUGAUAUUGCAGCGUAGGCUCUUCCACAGCUACUACUUCUACAGAGUCAUCGAUGAGAGCAAAGCUACCACCGUUCUGGCAUCUCGAGGAGCCGAACUUAUUGAGGAGCUGAGACUGAUAUGAAAUUGUUUACAUCGAAAUGAGGAGCUGCGAUAUCUUUAGAUAUUAAAGAUCAAAGUAAAGAUGGAGAGAAUAAAGGCUAACCAGAAAAAGAUCCACGGGGCUUUGAAUAAGGAACCGAAACACCAUGAUCGAGAAGAGGAGGAUUCGGACACGCAGCCGGGCGACACGGAGGCGGCGCCGCUGGUGCGCGGCGACUCCGACUCGCGCGGCUACCACACGCCCGACAGCCCCGCCUCCCCCCGCGGCUUCCACACCCCCCUCAGCGAGCCCUCCGCGCCGCCCUCCCGCGUCCACACCCCGCCCCCCGCGCCGCGCCCCCUCACGCUCCCCGCUCUCCCACCGCCUCCGAGUUCACAAGGCGGCCCGCCGUCACCGUCGUCCGCCUUGAUGACCGUAUCCCUGGACGCAUACUUGGAGCCGCGCCGGAUUUCCUUCGAAUCCCCCCCGUCCUCCGAACUCCUCCCCCGCGCUCAGAGCCCCGAAGAGUCCUACCCGGUCUUCUCCCCCCCUCCGAUCCGUCGCCGCCACACGGUAGCCAGCCCGAGCCUCCUGCGCACCUCGCUCAUAUCGCAGUCGAGCCGCGCCGAGCCCAACUCUCAUCAUACCUGUAACGUUUCUAAAUUUAGAAGCACCUCUAGUUGCGUAUACGUGUCUCACCUUGUAUAUAAUGUAAAGCAUUUUCAGGUCUCCGUGUUAAUUAUAUUUUUUCUUUUAUUAGGAUUAGAAAGUGAGCGUCCUCUUUAUGAGCGACGGAUACACACGAACAGGUUUAAAGCGCCCGCGGGGCCGUAUAAGCAGCCGACCAGCCAUCAGAGGGCCGUUCGUUCGGGAGACUACUACAUGUUCGAUGACUUCGAUGACACCGAGGUUCCUCUCAAAGAGGAAGAAUCGAGCGAAGACGAGGACGCGCCCAAGGAAAUGGGCUUGGGCAAGCUCCUGUCGACGGCGAUCAAGACGGACUUGCAGCGCGCCGUGCGCCGCGCUUCCAUGCCCACCGUGCGCUCGCGCCGCCGCCUCUCCGCCGGCAGCAUCCCGCACUCGUACCCGCACGAGGUAAACAUGUCCCCUGGCUGCUCACAUACUGUCGCCGACAUCAAGACGGACUUGCAGCGCGCCGUGCGCCGCGCCUCCAUGCCCACCGUGCGCUCGCGCCGCCGUCUCUCCGCCGGCAGCAUCCCGCACUCGUACCCGCACGAGGUAAACAUGUCCCCUGGCUGCUCACAUACUGUCGCCGGCAUCAAGACGGACUUGCAGCGCGCCGUGCGCCGCGCCUCCAUGCCCACCGUGCGCUCGCGCCGCCGCCUCUCCGCCGGCAGCAUCCCGCACUCGUACCCGCACGAGGUAAACAUGUCCCCUGGCUGCUCACAUACUGUCGCCGGCAUCAAGACGGACUUGCAGCGCGCCGUGCGCCGCGCCUCCAUGCCCACCGUGCGCUCGCGCCGCCGUCUCUCCGCCGGCAGCAUCCCGUACUCGUACCCGCACGAGAUCCGUCGAAAAGCAAGCGUCGAAAAGCGAGCGAGCUUGACGGACCAAGAACAAGAAGAGCGCGACGUGGUUUCGGAACUGGAUGACUUCGCACCGGAGCCAGAGAAAGAAACGGCAAUGGACAAAUGCCAUCGCUACUGCAAUACAGCGUGGGUGUUCAUCUGCAGUUUCCUCGUAACUGCCACGCGAUACCUCAUGCGGUACUCCAGAGACUACCGAUACGUAUCGCGAGCUCUUUCCAUGGAGAAGAAGAUACUCAAGGAAAAAGAAGGUUUUGGCAUCGGACUUCGAGAAGGGUCGCAAAUGAUCUGGGAACCCCUGCCAGAGACCUUAGCACAUCCCCGUAAGUUAAGCGAUAUAAGCGUCCCCGAGAUCCGUAUCCUGGCGCCGAGCAUGGAGCGCGGGCUGGACGGGUCGCCGGCGUCGCGGCGCGCGUCCCCGCCGCUCUCCAUCUCCGACUCGGACGACGAUACCUCCGAACAUGAGAGCGCGUUUAGCUUGCAGAGUACUGAGAGCAAGGACCUGACGAUACUGGAGGAGCAGGAAGACUCGAUGUUCAAGCAGGGCCGCUCGCCGUUCCUGCAUCUUGCGUACGCGCUGUGGUUCGCUGUCUUGGCUCACACUGACAUUGUUUGCUACAUCAUGGUUUUCAUAAAUCAGAUUCAAUCAGCGACCAUUUUAUCGAUACCUCUGCCGUUGAUGGUGUUUCUGUGGGGCACCCUGACCAUACCUCGACCGACCAAGACGUUUUGGGUUACCCUCAUUGCAUAUACGGAGGUAAUCGUCCUAAUCAAGAGCAUGUUCCAAUUCGAAAUCCUCCCGUGGAACCAGAAGAUUUACCCCGCCAACAUGCCCUUCACUGCCCCUCGCAUCAUCGGCAUCGAACGAAAGGGCAACUACGCCCUCUAUGAUUUGCUGUUACUGCUCAUUAUUUUCCUACACAGGUUCAUGUUAAAAUCCCUGGGUCUCUGGAAGGAAUCCAGCCCCGAAAUCGAUCUCCGCGAAGACACUGAAUACCCGCUCACGUCCGAAGAUACUCAGAUGAUCGUCGAGGGCAGGUCAGAAGACGUCGGCAAGAAAUACGUGCAGUUGCACGAUAAGUCCGGCCCCCUCGACGAGGCAGCGGAGGCGCAGGACGAGAGGUCAGGCUCGAUUCGCAACGAUCGCGACGAGCAAGAAGAGGAGCAAAUAUACCAGGAGCAGGAGGCUGGGCCUUCUAGGGCGCCCGAGGACGGCGACGACCACUACAAAGUAAAUGACGAUGAGGAGCCAAUCAUCGCCGUGACGACGACGCUUGGCGACAAAUAUCAACAUUAUCCCCAACUUAUGUGGCUCUCGGUGAAGCGCUACAUGCGUCCGAUGAAGAGCUUCUUCCAGCGAAUGCUGGCGCCGGGCGCGCGCGUGACAGCCGACGUCUAUGCUUACAUGUUCUUGUGCGACUUCUUUAACUUCCUGGUCGUCAUCUUUGGCUUCGCUGCCUUCGGAACUCACCAAGGCGACGGCGGCGUUAAAGCAUACUUAGAAGAGAACAAAGUACCGAUCCCGUUCCUCGUGAUGUUGAUUCUCCAAUUCGCGCUCAUAGUGAUCGACCGAGCGCUCUACCUACGGAAGUUUAUGCUGGGGAAGAUACUGUUCCAGUACGGGCUCAUUAUAGGCGUGCAUGUUUGGAUGUUCUUCGUACUGCCUUUUAUUACUGAAAGAACAUUCAACGCGUUGCUGCCGCCUCCAAUGUGGUACAUGAUAAAAUGCGUGUACCUGCUGCUGUCCGCGCAUCAGAUCCGCUGCGGGUACCCGCGCCGCAUCAUCGGCAACUUCCUCUGCAAGUCGUACGGGUUCCUCAACAUGGUGUUCUUCAAGUGUUUCAUGGCGGUGCCGUUUGUGUUCGAGCUGCGGACUCUGAUGGAUUGGAUCUGGACGGACACGUCCAUGACGCUCAUGGACUGGUUGAAAAUGGAAGACAUAUUCGCCAGCGUUUUCCUGUUGAAGUGCUCCCGGUUCGUAGAAGACGAGUACCCGGCGCCGCGCGGCACGAAGCGGCCCGCCAUUUCCAAGUACCUGCUCGGCGGCACCGUGCUCGCCUUCGUUAUUGCCAUCAUCUGGUUCCCACUCGUCUUCUUCGCCUUUGGCAAUACGGUCGGUCAACCGAAACCCCCGACGGACGUGACAGUCAAGAUCCGCAUCGGACCGUUCCUACCCGUCUACCAGAUGUCGGCACAAUCACACGACAUUUAUCAGUACACGGAACAGGACUACGCGCAACUAAGCAACCAGUACUCCCGCGACCGCACCGCGCAAACGUUCCUGUCCAACUACAUGUACAACGACGUGGCGGUCAUCAACCUCAACCCCAACUCAACUAUGAACUGGGACAUCUCGCAGCCCGAGCUCGACCGAUUGGAGCGAGAGGCCAUCUCGAACAAUUCCCUAAUGAUAAAGUUCACGUUCACAAUAUCUCACCCGAGCAACAACGCGCAGAACCCGCCAACUAUAGAAGACAGUCGGGAGAUGCCUCUAGAAGCGUUCUACGCUAACGGCACGAGGAAUAACGAGAGGGACACGCUACUGUACCUGUUGCAGAAUAACACUCCUUCCGAUACUUGGUUGAACGUUCCGAAACUGUUUCCAAAGUUCUUGAAAGUUUUCAACAAAGGAACUGCAAAACCGGCCUACCAGCUGAUACCUGGAGACCCAGAGGACGAAUCGACUCAAUAUCGCGACGUACAACUGAGACUGGAGAGAGAUAGAGGCACCAUGUAUUGGCGAGUACAGGAGUACUGUAAAGAAAAGGACGAGUUGCUGAACAUACCAAUGAACAGCUGCGACAUGCUAGUCAUGUUCACUUUCAACGACAAGCUGUUCCCGGAGACGCUCAACUUUAUCUCCGGUGGAGGAAUCAUCGGUUUAUACACCACGUUCGUGUUCCUCGCAUCUCGGUUGCUGCGCGGGUUCUUCUCGGGCAUCUACACCAAGAUCAUGUUCGACGACCUGCCCAACGCGGACAGGGUGCUGCAGCUCUGUCUCGACAUCUACUUGGUCCGAGAAGCCCUGGAACUCGCUCUAGAAGAGGACCUAUUCGCCAAGCUAGUGUUCCUGUACCGAUCGCCGGAGACCAUGAUCAAGUGGAGCCGGCCCAAGGACGACGAGGCCGAAGAGCAGCGCGCCCUGCCGCCGCUCCCGCGCAACUGAACGCUGCACUGCUGACGCUCAAGGCGUGCUUCGAUGACUGUUCGAGCUUGGUCCCGAUUGUAACAAGGUUUAUGCGAACUAGUGGUGUCGAUGUAAAAGUUGUGAGAAUCUCAAUGUUAAACUGAUCCCUUUUUGUCUGAUGAAAAGUUACACUUCUCGCAGUAUACCUAACGGCGACCGUAACGGCAAUAGCCAAAGUACUGAGUAACUAUUAAAAGGCUACUGAUUGUAUCGGUUAAGAUAUUAAGUGUGUACUAGCUUCUAUAAAGGCGAUACAUCGUGAGAAAACCUUGAUAAUUGAUUUAUCUUAGUAAUAAAGUCCGAGCCCAGCAAUGGGCCGUACGUAAUAGGCUAACACUAAAGGUUUAGUAACCUAACAGUCAUUUCGUGUCUAAUUUGUUCUAGUCGUCCUUGUAACAACAGUUGAAAUCAACGAAAUCACUUGACAUUCGAGCUAUUACGUCCACAGCUUCUUAAGAACAAUAUUUUGAAACUUACGAUACGCUUAAAAGUUUCCAUCAUUUCAAUUUUACUUGUCAAUGCAGUUAUUUACUUACAUAUGUUUAGAUCAUAAGUUGUACAGCGUAACUUAAGAGUAACUGCUGUACUUCAAUGAAUGUGUAGACUAAACUAUACCUACUAUGUAAAUUCACUCUAAAAUAUUUAGGUCGCUUUAGUUGUUGCACCCAUAAAGAUGACACAAUCUUCUUGUGGUGGUCUUCGCGAUAGUUACUUUGUGCUAUCAAUAAAGCCUAGGUAUAUUUUUGGACCCUAUACUUUUUGCGUUCUAAAUAAUGUCUCUUCUCUCUUGGUACAUAUUUUUGCACAAGAAUUCUGUAAAUUUUACAUAAGAUAGCUUAUAGGUACUUACAUAAACUAUUUUCAUGCAAUAUACAUAUACCUAGUAACUAUUGCAAGAAUAAGCUCUCUGUAAAUUGCUAGUGUUUCCUUUAGCAUUUAAAACGUUACGUUCGUUGUAAAUUUAGUUUUUGUUUUAUCUUUCGCUUGUUUUGUUAUAAAUAUUGCUCAGUCUAUUUAUUUAUUUAUUGUUACCCGUUGUGCAACGGAUGAACAAUCUGGGAUUGUGCAGCCUUAUUGCGAGACAUAGGAUUUACUGGUCCACGGAGUUUUUUUGUUUAUAGUGGGACCUAGAUUCCUAUUGCAAUUAAAGUCAGUACCUAAGGUUUUACAUAUUACGCUGUUGGAUCAGUACAGUAACUGUACAUGUGUAUUCGGGUAAUUCCGAAUUGUUUCGUCUUUCGCACUGCAACUCCGAAAAUCUGUGAGUGUUUCGAAAUUUCAAGACAAUCGAACAUGGUUCGGAUUUACCCGGUUACACCUUAUAUCAAUUAUUUAUUAUAUUCUUAACCAAAGUAAGGGCUACCCGAGGGUAUUUUUGCUUUGCCUGUAAUAUUCUGUUAUUUCUUAUACAUAUUUGCAUUUUUGUUACUUGUUUCGUAUUUAAUUAUUGAUAAAUUAUUAUGAUGAUAUAAAUCACGCACUUCCAUGAAAUAAUAUUAAAUUAUACAUAAAUAUAUACCUCAAGAUCUUAAGUUGAUUUUUGCAUUUGAUACUGUACUUAUAGUAUGUAAUUAUGAUAAAAUAAAUAUCGUCGCGAGGGCCAGUUGGGAUUCAUAGAAUUUAAGCUUGAUGACUACGUUUUAUACCUAUCAUCACAACAAUACUUCGUACAAAUUAUUUAUAUGUUUACUUAUAUAGGUAUGAAACGAGCUAUAACGACUACUGCCAUUGUAUUCGGAGUAACAAGUUCCAAGUGGCUUUACGCGAUGGUAAUUAUUUGGAAGUUCUAGGAGUAUUGUCCACUUUUAUAUUGUUGUGUUAAGUAAGAUGCAUUUAAAUGUUGUCGAUUUGUGAUAAUAAAACUAGAAUAAAAACAUUGAAA